AUGGCACAUCCACCAAUUCAAACUGUUCAGACCCAAAAUAAAGUUCAGCAUGGAUCUGACGUGUCUUUGCGAUGUGACGUUCCUCUCCUGUCUAAAUCCUCCACAUUGCACUGGGAGAAAGAUGGAGAACAAACACCCAACACCACUCUGAUAUACAACAACUCUACCUACAUCCUCUUACACACUGUUGAUGAACGCAGUGGAGGGGAAUAUUACUGUAGAUUGAUGAAAGAUGGAAGAGUACAAACGGUUAGGAUUCACAAACUUAAUGUUACUUCAAAUUCACAUAGUAAAAGUCAAACCAUUUACAGACAAAGCUCCAGUAAUAGCGAUGUAUCACUGAUCUGCAAGUCUAUCAAAAUAUAUAAGAACUGGACGUGGACCUGGGAGUCAAGUUCUAAUUCACAGACUGAUCUGAUAGCUGUUGAAAAUGGAGGAGAAGUUCAAAUAAAAGGACCAAUUGAACCAGGAAGAGGUUCUUCAACAACAUACAAUAGUCAAGCUUUUAUCUUUCACUUCUCACCUGUGAACUUCAAUUAUAGUGGGACAUACAAGUGUAUUACUGAAACAACAAUAUACACAACCACAAUACUACGCACCAUCAGAGUCUCGAUUGAGCCCCCUGAUGAUGUGUUGAGGAGUCACUCAGUGGUUCUUACCUGUGAGGUUUCUGAAGUAACUGAUUCAGUGACGCUGGUCUGGCUCAGGAUGGAGGGGAAGAGAGGAGUGCUGGUCAAACAGCAACUUGUGACAAAAAAAAUAAACACCAUGUUACAUCUCAAAGUGAAUCUAGCCAGCUAUGAAACGGACUGGCAGUGUGCAGUUUUUACUGAGAAUACACUCAGAGCUCUGGCCCCUAUAACAAUCAAUCUUACCUCAUCAAAUACAAAUGCUCCAACAGAAAGCUCAACUGUAACACGCCAAGUAAUCAACAAACAGGCAAACACUACAUUGUCCUGUGUUUUGACUCUAUUUACUGGGAUUCUGCUUGGAGCUCUAUUGUAUUACUGCUACAGGAAACGAAUGUCAGUGCACUCUGACCCUCAGGAGUCUGAACCAGUCUAUAUCAAUAUCAGCCAAAUGAGGGAUGACAGAGUAGAGCGCAGCAGCACACCAGAAAACAGAGAAAAGAGUCAUGAAAUAUACCAUAAUAUAAGAAGAAACAGAUAUGGAAAAGGAAACAUGUAUAAAAGAGAUGAGACACCAGUUACAUCAGACAGUGUGACCUACGCGACAAUUCAUUUCAACAAAUCCAGGUUUCAGACUUAA